CAGAAAUAAAGACGGCGAAGAAGAAGAAGAAGAGAGUGACGUAGUUCCGGCGGAAGAUGUCCGGGCUGAAGGCGUGUUUGAAGCGUCAGGCCGUGUCUCCUGGCUGUGGUGUCUCAAGGGCCUUCCUGAAAGCUCAGGCUCUUCUGUUUGGAGGCUACAGGGACGCGCUGCAGGCUCACAAGGAGGGUGAGAUGUGGUUCAGUGAGGAGCUGUUUCUAGAUCACAAGUCUGCCAGUAUGAGGCAGUUCCUGCAGAGUGCCAUUCAUUUACAGUCCUUCAAACAGUUCAUUGAUGGCCGCCUGGAUAUUUUGAAUAAAGAGAUGGAACCAGAUGAUCUCUUUGAGGAGGAGAUCUUAAAGUGUGAAGCAGCUGCAG